AUGCCAAGCACACUAGGAAGAAACCUCAAUCUUUGCUUCACAAAGUUCAAGCGUACAUCAUCACCCCAACCAUCUCUCCAAGAAGAUGAUAGCCGUUCAUUACCCAACUCCACCACAUCUUUCUUAAUUAAAAACUUCAACUCUCUCUACGACCUCACUUUGGACUGCGCCACCACUUCCAAGUUGCUCAGCCGCAGCUCCUCCGAUGAUAACCUCUCCACGGCGGUGGAAUCCGACAGGACAGACACUGAAACUACCACCCCUGACUUCGCCACCGUCUUCGCCUCCAAGCGCUUCUUCUUCUCCUCACCAGGCCGCUCUAACUCCAUUAUCGAGUCAUCGUCAUCAAUUUCAUCAGCAGCAUCCACGUCAUCGUUAUUGCCGGAUAACCCAUCGGAAUCUGAGACCCUCGUCGGAGGUAGCAUUGCCAUCCCCACUUACUCUCCGGACCCUUACAUGGAUUUCCGGCGAUCAAUGCAGGAGAUGGUGGAGGCACGUAACCUGAUCGAUGUUAGAGCCAAUUGGGACUACUUGCAUGAACUUCUCAUGUCCUAUCUCGCUCUCAAUCCUAAGAGCACCCACAAGUUCAUAGUCGGAGCUUUUGCCGAUCUUCUUGUCAGUCUCAUGACAUUACCGGUCGAGGGAGGUCGCCGGAGAUCUGAGGUCUCAGGUGGUGGUCGUCAGAUCACACGGCGUCGCAUGUACAGGUUCCCCCACCACUCCCACUCCCACCCCUGCGCCCACUUGAGCCAUUCAGGUUUCGGUGGUGUGGACCUUCUGGCUCCUGCCAUCUUUAAUGCGCCAGUGGCCCCUUCAAAUGAUCUGUUUUUGGGAACUGUGAUUAAACAUGAAAUAGGUCGUUAUCUUUUUAUAACUGACGCCAUGUUCAUAGACCGACCAUUGAACCAGUAA